AAAUUACGCCACAAAUCGAUUUAGGAAAAAAAAAACAAAAGACGAGCCAUCAUUCAUCAUCCCUGAUCAGAUCUACACUUCUCCUCGCACCAUUUCUUUUUCCGCAGGAUCUCGUUUUCCUUUCGUUCAUAACAUUAUCGCGAAUUCGAGAUGGAUUUCAUGAAGGUCUUCGAUCAAACGGUUCGAGAGAUAAAGAGGGAGGUGAAUCUCAAAGUUUUGAAGGUUCCGGAGAUGGAGCAAAAGGUAUUGGAUGCUACAGAUAAUGAGCCUUGGGGUCCGCAUGGUACUGCAUUGGCUGAGAUCGCACAGGCCACUAAGAAAUUCUCGGAGUGCCAGAUGGUUAUGAGUGUUUUGUGGACUAGACUGAGUGAGACUGGCAAGGAUUGGAGAUAUGUCUACAAGGCACUGUCGGUUAUUGAUUAUCUGAUUUCAAACGGAUCUGAACGAGCAGUUGAUGAGAUUAUUGAGCAUACUUACCAAAUAUCUUCACUCACGAGUUUUGAGUAUGUUGAACCGAAUGGGAAAGAUGUGGGGAUCAAUGUGAGAAAGAAGGCGGAGAACAUUGUUGCUCUCUUGAAUAAUAAGGAGAAGAUCUCUCAAAUCAGAGACAAAGCAACAGCCAAUCGUAACAAGUACGUUGGCCUCUCCUCAACAGGAAUAACAUAUAAGUCUGGUUCAGCUUCAGCUUCGUUUGGUGGUGGUAGUGGUUCAAGCAAUUAUGACAGCUAUAGAGAUAGGGAUUCCAGAGAAGACAAGGACGACUACGAGUCUUUUCAAAAGUCAAGGCGCGGUGUUAAAGGUGAAGACCAAAGCUACACUUCGAAGAAAAGUUUUUCACGCUAUGGCAGUGCGGACCAGGAUAGUCUAUCCAGUGGAAAAAAGUCUCCCGGCUCUGGCAAACACAGUGCCAUACCUUCACAUGCAUCUGCAGCUCCUUCAAACAACGAUGAUGAUUUUGAUGAUUUUGAUCCACGUGGAACUUCCAGCAAGAAGCCUUCCGCGGGGAGUGCCAACCAAGUGGACCUUUUUGGAGCAGAUCUGAUGGGUGACUUCAUGGAUUCUGGACCAACUGAAACAUCUUCCACCAACAACAACAACAAUGGCACGUUUCAAGAGACGGACUUGUUUGCUGAUGCAACUUUUGUAUCAGCCUCUGCUCAGGGAACAGAUUUUGGGUCGCAGAAACAGGAAGAAGUUGAUCUCUUCUCUGCAUCUCAACCUUCUGUCACAGUUACUCCACCUCCUCCGACGGUUGACCUGUUUGCAUCCACUGAACCAAUUGCACCCCCAGAAGCCAAGAUUCCUAAACCUGAGUCUAUGACCACUCCCAACAUUGUUGACCCAUUUGCUGCAGUUCCCAUGGAAACUUUUGAUGGAUCUGAUCCUUUUGGUGCCUUCACUUCUCACUCCGCUUCAGUCUCUACAGGUCCACAGCCCCCAGUUGUACAUGGGAGUGCAACAAACACAACAACCCCACCCUCUUUGGCAGACUCGAAACCACAACAGUUUCAAAAGAAGGAUCCUUUCCAGGUGAAAUCUGGAAUAUGGGCAGAUUCGCUGAGCCGUGGACUAAUUGAUCUCAAUAUUACUGCUCCCAAAAAGGCUUCUCUUGCUGAUGUGGGUGUUGUCGGUGGCCUGAGCAAUGACGAUGGGAACAAGGCAUCUGCUGCUGCCUACUACUCAGGGUGGUCCAUGGGCGCAGGAUCCGGGCUCGGUAAAACCGGAAUAUACAAUGCCCAGCAGCAGCAGCAACAACAACAAGCACCUGAAAUCUCAGAUGAUUUCUUCUCCAGCCUCAGCAACCAAAGGUACCAAACUGGAGACUUUAAGCAGUGAAGUUGCUUUCUACAUUCAUACUGGAAAUCAAAUGUUUUUAUUCUUAAUGAGAGUUUACUGUUCUUGCUCUUGAUUGAUGGGACAAAUCUGAUCGGUGGCUUGCGUUUUAAAUGAGAGAGUUGUUUAUGCAAAGAGAGUAUUAUUUGUUGGUUUGAAUUUUUCUAAACAAAUUAUAUGUAUUUCAUUCGACUCUGUGGAGAAUAUAUCUAUCCUGUGUGAUCUUUAAUCAAAAGAGACUCCCAGCUUUGUUUAUGA